AUGUCCGACACGAUUACCGCCCUCCCUGCAGGUCUGGCAACUCUGGAGCACCGAACAGAGAUUAUCAAGGCACUCAUCUUCGAAAACUGUGGUCGCAAGGUCAUAUCUGUAGCUCCAUUGGGUCGCGACUCGAACAACUUCGUGCAUCUAGUGGAUCUCGCCGAAGCCAUAGGACACAGUGGAACGAACACCUCAGCUUCACAGCCUGGUACUGCUAAACUCGAUUCAUCUGUGAUCAAAGUUGUGGUACGACUCUCAAACCCCAACGCCAUGAUUGACGAGGAAGUCCGAGUGGAGAAUGAAGUCGCAGCAAUUUCUCUUGUACAGAAAGCUUUGAUAAGCUACCCUUGCAAGAUCGUUCCGCAAGUUUUUGCCUGGCAAGGCUCCAAGCACGGUCUUGGUUGGAUAGUACAGGAGUAUCUUCACGGAGAGCAGCUCAGUCUCCACUUCUCUGAUCUGCAGACCGACAAGAAGGCAGUGAUGAUCCAAUCUUCCAAGCAUGACGUAAAGGGAUUUGGAGGUCUGAGGUUCGAUGUAAAUGGCGAGGUAGUCGCUGGUCGGUCAUCGCUUUGGUCUGUCGGUCCCUUCUCUACUUAUGCGGAGAUGUACCAGGCUAUCUUUGCCAAACAGCUUGAGUUGACGCAAGCAACACCGCUAUUGGAUGGUUGGAAAGGUACUGGUCUGCAAGAGCGGCUACAGAGAUUCAGCACUUCUGGCGGGUUUGCAAACCUUCUGGCACACACUGGCGAUAUUCAGCCUACACUGGUUCACGGAGAUUUCGGAGCAGAGAACAUCCUAAUCGAUCCAGGCACUUUACAAAUCACCGGCCUGCUCGACUUCGACUUCUCUCACAUCGCCUCGCCAGCAGACGAGUACUUCUACUCCUUCCCCAGCUUCUGCGGACUUGUUCCCGGUCCCUUCGAAGACGAAGACUUGCAGCUUCUCAGACGCUAUCAGACUGAAGGCUUCCCAAGUACUCCCUCCGCUCAAGAAGCAACGAGCGGAUCAGUCGAUUGGACAGUCGCAAGACUAUGGCAAGCAGCGUUGGAGAAGCAUCAUGUGGCCAGCCCCAAGGAUAUCGAGAACAUUACUCAGCUUGCCGAUAUUUACUGGUUUCUGCUUGACGUUUGUCCGCCAUUCUUCAAUUUGCCACGAUGGUUGGCGAGGAAGACGGACGAGCAGAAAUUUGCUGCGAAGAAGGCAAUUAGAGAGAACUUGGAUAGGUAUUUGCGAAGAUGGGGUUAUUGA